AUGAGUAACGCGGGUGGUAGUGGUGAGGAUGCUGAGGAGGAGUUCGAAUGGCAAGUGUUGGAAGAGUUAGAGGCCUAUACGACCCGCGAGGCAGAGCGGCUGUUAGAAAGGGCCUUGCAGCCGCGGGUACCUCGACCUCGACCCGUUGUCCACCGCCGAGCAGUGACUGAUCGGGAUCAUGUAGCUGCACAUCAACGUCUAUAUGACGACUAUUUCGCAGAGCAGCCGCGGCACGAUGUGGCUGGCAGACCCGACCACUCAGCUAUUCAAAAGUGCACUGCUGCAAUCAGACAGUUGGCCUACGGAGGCGCGGCAGACAUGUGGAAAGAUUACAUCCACAUCGGUGAGACGACUGCCCUGCAGUGUAUGAAGUUUUUCUGUCAUGGCGUCAUUAAAAUAUUCCGUGAUCGGUAUCUUCGAAGCCUUACCCCCGAAGACUGUCAGGAUCUGAUGAGAUGCACGGGGAGAAGCAUGGGUUCCCGCGGAUGUUAG